AUGUCGGAUAACCAGUACUCGCGCAGCUAUGCUAGUCGUAUUCGUAAUCCAGCCGCGUUGCACUUGCAGACCGCCAACUCCUAUGCGGCCCUGGUGGCAACUGCGGGACCAGAACAUGACGGAAGAAGCUCCUCUUCGGGCUCACUACCAUCAUCUGGCAGCUCUGCUUCCCGCUUCUCCAACAGUGAGAGAGCAGUGUUUCUGCCAGCUCCGUCCAGGUCGCAAGCUCAGACUUACAACAACUCGGGAACGGUACAGCAGCAUCACUACGGCUCACCUGAGCAGACCCGCGCCUAUGGUUUCGGUUUCUCCAGCACACCAACUCACACCGGCUUUGCUGUGCGCGCUGCCAACCGCGAUGCCCUUCGCACUGCCCGUCAUGCUCCCACAAAUUCGACUAGCUCCGUCAUUUCCGUGGCUCACAACUACCAUGCUCCCCAACCUUCCUCUCUGGCUGGCGUGCCUGAGUCUGUCGCUGUCCAGGAAAUGGCCCUCCGUCAGGGUCAGCGCGACACCGCCAGCGCCUUCAACGAGGUACCUACUAACCCGUUCGCGCAGCAGUUCGACCAGCUCUGGGCUUCAUUCUACAAGCUCGGCAAGGAUUGUGGUGGACAGCGCGCACCUACCCCCGACAACCCAUCGCAGCAGAAUUUCGCCUGGACUGUACUGAUCAACCCGUACACCCAGUCUCUCAAGAACCCGAAUGGCAGUCUCGACCCUGCCUGGACCAGGAGGAUGAUCGUGGUCGCUCUUGAUUGCAUGCACGAGCUCAUCCGCAUCACCUGUCGCCGCAACAACGGAUGGGAUAAGAUCGUCGCUGAUAUACCUCUCCCUGCUCGAGAGGCCCUGGUCGCGUUUCCUGACCUUGCUGCGGAGUACGAACAGCUCAAGCGGGAUGCCAACGAGGCUCGCGCAGGAGGCCGUCCUUACGGCUACUAA